CAUGAAUGUUGUUCAGAGAAAAAAUUACAACUAAAACAUUAUUAGCUGGCUUGCUAAUAUGGAACAGCCACUAGAUUUAGUAGAGGCGAGAGCAAUCAGUAAGAAGGAGAUAUCAUCUAGACCUACAGCUGUUGAUGCUGCUAUUGAUUUAACUGGUGGAACUGCAGGAGGAUUUGCAACAGUUGUUGUUGGUCAACCUCUCGAUACAGUUAAAGUGAAAUUACAGACAUUUCCAACAUUGUAUAGAAAUGCUUUUCAUUGUUUUAAACAGACUUACGCUCAGGAUGGUCUUUUUCAUGGACUUUAUGCUGGAACUGUUCCGUCCAUGGCAGCCAAUAUAGCUGAAAAUGCUGUUUUGUUUUGUUUUUAUGGAAUGUGCCAAAAACUUGUUGCUACAGCUCGACAAAAACAUGAUAUUAAAGACUUGAAUCCGUUAGAUAAUGCUUUUGCUGGUUGUGGUGCAGCAUUUUUCUCAAGUUUUGCCUUGUGUCCAACAGAACUGAUAAAAUGUCGCCUUCAAGCUAUGAGAGAAAUGGCAACUCAGGGUCAAUAUAAAGGAGAUUUAUCAAGGUUAAAAAUGGGUCCAUGGGGUUUAACAAGAGAAAUACUGCAUAAAGAAGGUAUAUCUGGUUUAUAUAAAGGAUUAACAAGCACUUUUCUAAGAGAAAUGCCUGGAUAUUUUGUAUUUUUCGGAGGGUAUGAAAUAUCAAAGGUUCUUCUUACACCAAAAGAUGGAGAUAAGGAAAAUAUUGGUAUAUUAAGGACUAUAAUAUGUGGGGGUGUAGGAGGAGCAUCACUAUGGAUAGUUAUAUUUCCUGCUGAUGUUGUUAAAUCAAGGAUUCAAAUCCAGUCUGCUGGAGGGGGAAUAACUCCUACUUUUACUUCUACCAUUUUACACAUCUUUAGAACUGAAGGCAUAGCUGCAUUAUAUAAUGGGUUAGGACCAACACUUGUAAGAACUUUCCCUGCUACUGGUGCCCUGUUUUUAGCAUACGAAACAACCAAGAAAUAUUUAUCAAGAUUUUAUGAUGGAACCUUUGGUUGA